CAGGACUGGUACUUCGGGGACCUGGGGUGCCGCAUCCUGCUCAGCCUGGACCUGCUCACCAUGCACGCCAGCAUCUUCACCCUCACCCUCAUGUGCACCGAGCGCUACCUGGCUGUCACCCGGCCCCUGGACACCCUGAAGCGGUCGCGUGGCUACCGGAAGGAAAAAUGGUCGGUCUCGCUGCUCCUUACUCUGCCCAUGAUGCUGAUGGUCACGCUGACCGAGGGGGGCAAGGCAGAGGGCAAGGUGAAGAGGAUGUGUGCGCCCACCUGGAGCGUGGAUGCCUACCGGACCUACCUGACGGUGCUCUUCAGCACCAGCAUCAUGGCCCCGGGAAUCAUCAUUGGCUUCCUCUACACGCGCCUGGCCAGGACCUACCUGGAGUCCCAGAGGAACCCCCCCCACAAGGAGAAGAGCAAGAGGUCCCCCCGGCAGAAGGUCCUCAUCAUGAUUUUCAGCAUCGUGCUGGUCUUCUGGGCCUGCUUCCUGCCAUUUUGGAUCUGGCAGCUGGUACGACUCUACAGCAGCUCCCUGCAGCUCACCACCCAAACCCAAAAGUGCAUUAACUACCUGGUCACCUGCCUGACCUACAGCAACAGCUGCAUCAACCCCUUCCUUUACACCCUGCUCACCAAAAACUACCGGGAAUACCUGCGCAACAGGCACCGCAACUUCUACAGGUUCACAUCCUCCUUUCGCAAGAGGGGCUCCAACCUGCAGUGCUCCUGGGGACGGUCCAUGUCCUCCAGCAACCAGUACGACUACAGCUCGGAGGCCCUGGGCAUGGCCACGCUGAAGGACAAGUGA